AUCAAUGAAAUUAAUCAUCAGAAAUCAUUGUCUAAGGCAAAUUUCACUUCUGUGCUGUUCCCCAUCCACUUAACCAUAAGUAAAGUUGAGUUUCAGUUAGAGCAGAGAUGCCUGCCUGGGGAUCGAACGAAUCUUCUGGUUCUCUCAUCCCUCUCUCCCAGACACUGUCCAUCCCUCAGGGAACACUGAACUGCCUGGAGUGUGACUCAGGCAAGCUAGGAAGCUGGGUCCUUCUGUAUUUGAAAGUCCUGCCGACCAGUGAGCACGUUUCUGCUGAGAACUUCUCUUGGGGCCUUUUAGGCCAUUUUCUCCUUAUGCAGCUGCGAUUUCUCCACAAUUCCAUCUGAGAACGAAAUAUGCAGGACGAGUGGACAGAAGAAGAAAUGGUCAGCUCUCAGGGACGGCUGACCUUCCAGGAUGUGGCUCUAGAAUUCUCUCAGGAAGAAUGGGAAUGCCUAAACCACAGUCAGCGGGAACUGUACGCGGAUGUGAUACUGGAGACCUAUGGGCACCUCCUCUUCUUGGGUCUCCUUGUAUCAAAACCAGACCUGGUCAUCUUUUUGGAGCAAGAGAAGGAGCUGUGGGGUGUGAAGAGACAGGAGACAGUGGCCUCACACCCAGGUAGAAUUCAUACUGGAGAGAAACCUUACAAAUGUGAACAAUGUGGCAAGGCCUUUCGCCACCACUCAAGCCUUACUCUACAUCUCAGAACUCAUACUGGAGAGAAACCUUACAAAUGUGAACAAUGUGGCAAGGCCUUUAGUCAGCACUCAGUCCUUACUGUACAUCACAGAAUUCAUACUGGAGAGAAGCCUUACAAAUGUGAAGUAUGUGGCAAGGGCUUUAUAAAACACUCAAACCUUACUCUCCAUCACAGAAUUCAUACUGGAGAGAAACCUCACAAAUGUCAAGAAUGUGGCAAGGCCUUUAUAAAGCACUCAAGCCUUUCUGAGCAUCACAGAAUUCAUACUGGAGAGAAACCAUACAAAUGUCAAGAGUGUGGCAAGACCUUUAGCCGGUACUCAAGCCUUACUCUACAUCUCAGAAUUCAUACUGGAGAGAAACCUCACAAAUGUCAAGAAUGUGGCAAGGUAUUUAGCCACCACUCAAGCCUUAGCCUCCAUCUCAGAAUUCAUAGUGGAGAGAAACCUUACAAAUGUCAAGAAUGUGGUAAGACCUUUAGCCGGUACUCAAGCCUUACUCUACAUCUCCGAAUUCAUACUGGAGAGAAACCUUACAAAUGUCAAGAAUGUGGCAAGGCCUUUAGCCACCACUCAAGCCUUAGCCUCCAUCUCAGAAUUCAUAGUGGAGUGAAACCUUACAAAUGUCAAGAAUGUGGCAAGACCUUUAGCCAGUACUCAAGCCUUACUCUACAUCUCAGAAUUCAUACUGGAGAGAAACCUUACAAAUGUGAACAAUGUGGCAAGGCCUUUCGCCACCACUCAAGCCUUACUUUACAUCUCAGAAUUCAUACUGGAGACAAACCAUACAAAUGUGAACAAUGUGGCAAGGCCUUUAGCCAGCACUCCAUCCUUACUGUACAUCACAGAAUUCAUACUGGAGAGAAACCAUACAAAUGUCAAGAAUGUGGCAAGGUUUUUAGCCACCACUCAAGCCUUAGUCUCCAUCUCAGAAUCCAUACUGGAGAGAAACCUUACAAAUGUGAAAAAUGUUCCAAGGCAUUUAGCCGGUACUCAAACCUUAUUCGACAUGUCAGAAUUCACACUGGAGAGAAACCUUACAAAUGUCAAGAAUGUGGCAAGGCAUUUAUAAAGCAUUCAAGCCUUACUCUACAUCUCAGAAUCCAUACUGGAGAGAAACCUUACAAAUGUCAAGAAUGUGGCAAGGCCUUUAUUACCCCAUCACACCUUACUCAACAUCUCAGAAUUCAUACUGGAGAGAAACCUUACAAAUGUGAAAAAUGUUCCAAGGCAUUUAGCCGGUACUCAAACCUUAUUCGACAUGUCAGAAUUCAUACUGGAGAGAAACCUUACAAAUGUGAACAAUGUGGCAAGGCGUUUAUAAAGCACUCAAGCCUUACUCUACAUCUCAGAAUUCAUACUGAAGAGACACCUUACAAUUGUGAAGAAUGUGACAUGGCCUUUAGGCACUUCUCAAACCUCACUGAACAUCUCAGAAUUCAUAAUGGAGAGAAACCUUACAAAUGUCAAGAAUGUGGCAAGGCCUUUAUCACCUCAUCACACCUUACUCAACAUCUUAGAAUUCAUACUGGAGAGAAACCUUACAAAUGUCACGAAUGUGGCAAGGCCUUUAUCAAAUCAUCACACCUGAGUCAACAUCUCAGAAUUCAUACUGGAGAGAAACCUUACAAAUGUCACGAAUGUGGCAAGGCCUUUAUCAACCCAUCACACCUGAGUCAACAUCUCAGAAUUCAUACUGGAGUGAAACCUUACAAAUGUCAGGAAUGUGGCAAGGCCUUUACCAGGCACUCACACCUUAUUCUACAUCAUAGAAUUCAUACUGGAGAGAAACCUUACAAAUGUGAAGAAUGUGGCAAGGCCUUUCGCCAUCGCCCACACCUUACUCAACAUCUCCGCAUGCAUACCGGAGAGAAACCGUACCAAUGUGAAGAGUGUGGCCAGGCCUUUCCCCACCGGUCAAAACUUUCUAAACAUCACAGAAUUCAUAUAAGAGAGAGGCUUGAAAAAUGUUAAAAGAAUGUCAGUGCCUGUAAGUGGCCCUCAGCCUUUACUGGACACCAGGGGAUUCCUAGUGGAGAGUAACCAUCGAAAUGUAAACAACGUGGCAGGCUCUCCCUGCUCGUCCCAACGUACUCAACAUUGUAGUUAUCACAUAGGAGCAAAACUGAAAUGGAAAGAAAGUGGCCUCCCAUUUACCUAGCAUUCAAUCUUUGCUCAGUGUCAUAAAAUGCUCCCUUGAUGCAAACCCUAGACAUGUAAUGAAUGAGGAAAGACCAUAAUUUUAAAUUACACUCUAGCAAACACCAAAGAGGGCAUAGAAGAAAGUAACUGGAAGGAUAGAUUUACAGAAGUAUUGAACAUCAAAUGUCACUAAUGUUACAGACAUCAAAUAGAAUGCAGCACCUCAGUCACUCUCUUCAGACAUUACACCAAAAUACUUGUAGGGAAUAAUAGAAAGUUAGCACUUUAAACACAUUGGUGCUAUUCUGAGUUAGUGAAUGAGUUUUGCCUAGCCAUAAUUAAUUUUGAUAUGUGCUUUUUGGGAGCCAUUCUGUACUCACUAGUUGGGAAUACUCCUUGUGAGGUUAAGGCAGGUUUGCAAGGCCUCCUGCUGUCAGAUGAUGACUGAUAUCCACCCCCACUCAAUUGCUUUGGCUUGAGCACCAACUCCACAGGCACCUUGUUGAUUGGUAUCCAGAGUGACUUGUCCCAGUUUUCUGGCCCCAAAAUGCUCAUUGCCCCUUGUGAAGAAACUUAAUUGUAGGAACUCCUUUUGUGAUUAUGGGAGCAAACAUUAUGUUUCCUGAGAAUCCUGUUUUUCUUAUACUUCCCCCUUAAGCAGACAGGCUGUUGACCAUUGCUCCAGAAGAACUAACUUCUGCCUCUGUUAUGCUAAAAACAUUGUCUUGAAUUUAAACGCCUACGAUACCUUCUUUCCCCAUAUGAUAAGCAUCUAAAUCACCUACAUCAAUCACUGUUGAUAAAGGUAAUGCACGAGGCCUCUGCAAAUCUAUGUUCUGGGAAAUUUUUUCAUAGCAAAGAAAUUUAUCAUCAGAAAUCAUUGUCUAAGGCAAAUGUCACUUCUGUGUUGUUCCACAUACACUUAACCAUAAAUAAAGCUGAGUCUCAGAGCAGAGAUGCCUGCCUGGUGACCAGAAAAAA